CAGUUGACAGGCAACAAGUUGGCUGGGACUAGUAGAGUCGCUAAACCUGCAACGAUCGCUUCAGUUUUUUUUAAGUGCUGCAGGUGGCCGACGCAGAUGAAUGAAAAAUGCGUGGGCUUUUAAAUUGGAUACCCACAUAGCGCCGUGUCGUCAUGGACGCAAUGGAAUAACGCUUUAAAGACUUACGUUACUUUAUGACAAGGGACUUUUUUUUUUUUUGCUUUUUUGCAUGGGCAGUGCGCUUGCCACGCGCGUCUAGUCAUCCGCGUUGAACUUUUUAAUUGAAUAUUAACGCAUCGCUUGAAGAAUGGCGCUGGCCAGAUUCAGCAAAAUACUCCGUCUGCCCAAUCUUGAUAUUAAAAAGAAGGUCAAACAAUACGAGCAUGUCCACCGGGACAGCAAUCCAAACGACCAGUGGGAUAUUGUGGGCGAACUGGGCGAUGGCGCGUUUGGAAAAGUCUACAAGGCCUGCAAUAAGGAGACUGGUGUUCUGGCUGCAGCCAAAAUGAUCCAAACCAAAUGCGAGGAAGAGUUGGAGGACUACAUGGUGGAGAUUGAAAUCCUGGCCAAAUGCGACCACCGCUACAUUGUCAAGCUGCUGGACGCCUAUUAUUACAACAACCACCUCUGGAUCAUGAUUGAGUUCUGCCCAGGAGGAGCUGUGGAUGCCACAAUGCUAGAGUUGGAUCGAGGACUGACCGAGCCCCAGAUAAAGGUGGUCUGCAGGCAGAUGCUGGAGGCUCUAGCCUACCUCCACAGCAUUAAGAUCAUCCACAGAGACCUGAAGGCCGGCAACAUUCUCCUCAUGCUGGAUGGUGACAUCAAGCUAGCGGAUUUUGGAGUGUCUGCUAAAAACACCAAAACCCUCCAAAGAAGAGAUUCUUUUAUCGGCACGCCGUAUUGGAUGGCCCCAGAGGUGGUCAUGUGCGAAACCAUGAAGGACGCGCCGUACGACUACAAGGCCGACAUCUGGUCCCUCGGAAUUACGCUGAUCGAACUUGCUCAGAUCGAACCUCCGCACCAUGACCUCAACCCCAUGAGGGUGCUGCUGAAGAUCGCCAAGUCAGAGCCUCCCUCCUUGGAUCAACCAAGCAAAUGGUCACAAGAGUUUAGAGAUUUCCUGAGGAGAGCUUUGGAUAAGAACCCAGAGGCCCGUCCGACUGCAGCACAGCUCCUAGGGCACCCUUUUGUGAACUCGGUGACGACCAACCGCCCGCUGAGAGAGCUGGUGGCCGAGGCUAAGGCCGAAGUCAUGGAGGAAAUCGAUGACAACGGAGAGGAUGCGGAGGAGGACGACGCCAUGGAGCUCACUGUGACCAGUCAGACCAGUUUGGAAGGAGACCAUUCUUCGGGCCCCUCUAGCCCCACCGCAUCCCUUCCGACCUCACCGCAUUCUUUAGCGGAAAAGGGGGCCGAGCCAGCCUCGGCAACAGAGGAGCAGCCGCAUGCUGUCCCUGUGCCCUUACCGCGACACAAUCUGCCCCCAAAAGACCAAGUGGAGUUUGAAGCCAACCUGGAGUCCGACAUCUAUGAAAGCGGCGUCUCCAUCAAGACUUCCAGCUCGGACUCUGGCAUCGAGGAUGGGAAGAGCACCCCCACAUCCGAGAUGGUUGCAGAGGCAGAACAGAUGCCGUCUCUUCCCCAAUCCGAUGCAUCCGAGGCGAGCGUCGACAGUACCGAGGAGUCCAGAAACCCGGUGUCUUCCCCGGAGCCGAGUACAGACGCACCAAAUCGCCCAGCACAGAUCCCAGAACUCAUUUCAGCUGCUCCUUCACCGGCGCCGACUUCCGGUCCGAGCGGCAUCCUAAACAAAAUGAACGGCGAUCGAUCCGAGACGGUCUCGCCUUAUAUCAACGGACGGAUCAAUAGCGCGCGGUACUCCCACUCGGGCAGCGUGGACACGGAGAGCCUGAAGAGCCUGUCUUGGAAUGAGAGCUUCUCAGUAUCUGCAAGGGACUACUCGCGGAAGACUUUAAAACGAACCAGGAAGUUUGUGGUUGACGGCGUCGAGGUGAGCGUGACAACCUCCAAGAUCAUCCGGGACGAUGAGAAGAAGGAUGAGGAGAUGAGAUACCUCAGGCGUCAGGAGCUGCGUGAGCUACGUUUGCUCCAGAAGGAGGAACAGCGAGCGUUGGCACAGCUUCAGGCCAAAUUGGAAACUCAGAAAGAACAAACGCACAAACGCUUCGACCAAGAAAUGCAUAGCAAGAAGAAGUUCUAUGAUGGGGAGAUGGAGAACCUGGAGAAGCAACAGAAGCAGACCAUUGAGAAGAUGGAGACGGACCACCAAAAUAAACUCAAAGAGGAGACCAAACGCAUUAAAGCCGAGCAACAACGCGAUUACCAGAAGUUCCAGGAGCGUCUCAAGCAUAGGAAAAAGGAGUUAAAACAUUCCGUCGACAAGCUGCCAAGAAAUGAGCGCAAAGAACAACUGAAGCAACGAAUGAAUGUCUAUCAAGGAACGAAACAUCAAGAGGAGGAACAAUUCCUGGCAGACCAGAAGAACCACCUGGACUCUACCCUCAACCAAAUCAGCCUCAACUACAAGAAAGAGAUUGCCGAUACCGAGCGGGAAUGUCUCACCAAGAAGCAGCAGUUAAUCCGAGAUCGUGAAUCUUCCAUCUGGGAACUGGAGGAGAGGAGCCUCCAUGAGAGACACCAGCUGUUAAAGCAGCAGCUCAAAGAUCAAUGUUUUCUGCAGAGGCAUCUACUUCUCAAAAAACACGGCAAGGAGGUGGACCACAUGCAGCGUUACAACCAGCGCAUGAACGAGAUUCUGAAGGCUCGGCAGCAACAGGAGAAGAGCCGUCUUCCCAAGAACCAGCGCACCGAAGCCAAAACCCGUAUGGCCAUCUUCAAGAAGAGCCUGCGCAUCCAGUCCUCGGGCAACAGCUCAGAGGACAGGGAGAAGAUCAAACAGUUUUCCCAGCAGGAGGAGAAGCGUCAAAAGGCCGAGAGGCAGCAGCAGCAGCUGAAGCACGACAAUCAAAUGAGGGAGAUGUUUGGCGAGUGCGAGGGAAACAUCCGAGAGCUGCAACAGAUGCAGAAUGAAAAGGGCCACAUGCUGGUUGAGAAUGAGUCUCUGAGGCUGAAACAGUUGAAUGAGCAGCAUAACCAGCAGCUGAAGGAUUGGAGGGAGCAGCUGAAACCCAGGAAGACGGCGCUUGAGGAGGAACUGAAGAACAGGAGGCUGGAGCAGGACGCUUUCUUCAAGAUCGGCGACAUGGGCGAUUUCCCGAGCCCGGGAGGAUCUGUCGGCAAACUCUCCAAGUUUGUGCCCUAUCAGGACUCCUCCACCACAUAAGCAGCGCAUGCUACUGCUGUGAUAACAGCCACAUGCAAAAGUGUCUUAAAGGGCACCACGUUGUUUUGAAUCCCUCUCGCCAUGUUUGUUAAUAAGUGCAUGUGUACGUAUGUCUUAACUCACCCGCAUUGUUUGGUUUUCUUUAGCCAGAAAAUUGUCACGUUGGUUGAUGACCAAAAGCCACAUCCCAAUAAUAAUUAAUAUUGGUGAUUUUUUUUAUUUAUUAUUAUUAUAUAAAAGGGUGUCGUCUUUAUUUUGUUAAUGCCCAAAAAGGGGAGGGAUUUUUUUGUAAGAGGGACGUUUGACGUCAGUGCAAUUGGCAGUAUGCAAACUUGUAUGCCUUGUGUCGUUUUGUCUGAGCUGCCAAAGUGUGACUUUAUUUAUUUUUUCCUUCCAGGUUAAUCUCAAUUCAUCACUGUAGAUUUUAAUUUAAAUAUUUUCAAAUAUAUAUUUUAACCCAGAGUAUGAAGGAUGUUUAUUAUGCUAUCAUUCUGAUUGUCAUUACUAUAUUUGGAAUAUGGGUUAUUGUUUAAACCAAAUUUAACAAAGCAUAUUCUUCGUAGUUUUUUUUUUUUUUCUUUUUAAUUAUAAUUCGUUUUAACACAUGGGGAGUGAUUGUGUUACUGUAGAAAUCAGCCACACUGGAUGGAAAGUGACAAAGCCAAAAUGAAAUACUGUUGAUGGAUUUAAAACACGACGUUUUGAGUGUUUAAUUGUUGCAGUAGCUAAGCUGCAUGCUAACCAAAGUGCAAUAUUACUUGUCAGAGCUCAGAGGUUUAUUUUUUCUUGGCCUUCCUUGGCACUGAGGAGGGAAAUAACAAUUAGUUUUCAAGGGACCACAUAUUAUUUAUGCUGCCUUUUUUGUUUGCCUUACAACUGUAUAUUAAAUCAGCAUUUAGGUACAUUUUAAUUCCGCUCUCUUGGUCAUUAAAGGUUAUUUCCUGAUUGAGGUAACUGGGUACCUUUAGGUCUUCCUCUCUGCCUCACUUUGCAUAACGUCAAAUGUAUGGAGGCUUGUGAGUGUGAUUGAUACUGUAUCACGAGGAACCACUGUUGUCAAUAUCAAAUAAAUGCAGAUUUUUCUAAUA